AUGGCUGCGCCAGACGGUGUGAUCUCGUCCACGUGCAGACAAUGGCGAGGCUGCAAUAUCCUACCGGCAGGAGACUUCCUUGUUGGCGAGCAGCCUCCACCGCCGUACCACACCACCAUCAUGUUUCUCCCCUUUCUUCAAGGAAAUGCUGCAGACUACUUCGAUAAUAUGUAUGCACAGUGGAAGACAACCCCUGACGCCGUCGACAAAUCAUGGCAGAUGUACUUUCGAAACUUGGAGGCUCGCACGGUAAGAGUGCAGUCGCCAGGGUUCCCGUCCACCUCUACUUCUGCACAAGAUCUCGGCGACCGGACCAUAGCAGACGUCGGCACGUACAUAAAUGUGAAAAGCCUCGUUCGGGCAUACGAGACCCUUGGACAUCUCAAGGCCGACAUUGACCCUCUCGGACAACGCCAUUACUGGACUCCUGCGCCAGAAGUUCCGGAUGAGCUCGAGGUGCAGUCCCACAAGCUCAAGGAAAAAGACUUGGGAGUGGAAAUCGACGUGCGUUCGGCAGGAAUUCUCCCGUAUUUCACGCAGAGCACACGGUCCAGUAUGCCGGUUCGGAAUAUCAUUGCAGCUUGCGAACAAAUAUACUGUGGUACUGUGGCAGUAGAAUUUGCUCACAUUCCCAAUGCUCAACAGCGCGAUUGGAUUCGCCAGCGGACUGAGACACGCCACACAAUUCGGUAUUCAGACGGGGAGAUGAAGCUGAUUUUGGAUCGUCUUCUUCGGGCCACACUUUUCGAAACAUUUCUGGCGACAAAAUAUCCAAAUCGGAAGCGAUACGGCUUGGAUGGGAGCGAGACCUUGGUGCCCGGAAUCCAAGCAUUGGUGGACACGUCGGUUGAGCGCCACGGGGUGGAGAACUUGAUCAUCGGGUCACAGCACCGUGGUCGCCUAAACCUGAUGGGACACCUCAUGCAAAGGCCAAUGGAAGUCACCUUCUACGAUUUCAUUUCAGAGGGGAAGCCCCAUGACAGCAGUCUUGAUGGUGACGUCCUGACGCACUUGGGAGGGGACUGCGAACGUGAAUAUCCAUCGGGAAGAAUCGCUCGGAUGUCUCUCUUGCCCAAUCCAUCUCACCUGGAGGCUACGAACCCGGUUGCGGCUGGCAAGGCCAAGGCGAUCCAGCAUGACCAAGGGGACAUGGAACAAUCCAAAUCGCUCUUCCUCAACAUUCAUGGCGAUGCUGCCAUUGCGGGUCAAGGUAUUGUGUAUGAAACAAUGACUCUUUCAAAGAUCCCCUCGUUCUCGGUAGGAGGAACAAUCCAUGUGAUCUUGAAUAACCAGGUUGGGUUCACUACAGAUCCCCAGAGCUCAAGAUCCACUACAUACUGCUCCGACCUGGCCAAGACGAUAAAUGCGCCCAUAAUACACGUCAACGGCGAUGAUGUGGAGGCUGUGGUAUUUGCCUGCAAACUUGCGGCAGAUUGGAGAGCUCAAUUCAAAACGGAUGUCUUUGUGGACCUCGUCUGCUACCGGAAAUAUGGGCACAAUGAGAUAGACCAGCCAAAGCUCACUCAGCCUUUCAUGUACGACAAGAUUGCGCACAAGCUUCCGGCAGUCGACACUUACAUCCAAAAGCUGAUUCGAGACAAAGUCUUGUCGAAGGAGGAGAUCCAGGAACGCAAAGCCCAGAUCUGGGAAACCUUGUCGCAUCAGCACGAAUUGAGCAAGGACUUCCAGCCAGACAAGGUUGUCGCUGCCUCCGCAUCUGGUGAUAACGAGGCCGCAUCAGCACAAACACAGAUUUCAGCCCAGACGAGGAUGGUCUUCGAUUCGGAGCAACUGAAAAUGGUCGUGGACAAGAGCAUCACGGUGCCCGAGAACUUCACCCUGCAUUCCACUGUCAAAAGAGUCUUUGAUGCUCGACAAAAGUCGGUGUCGGAAGGCGAAGUCGACUGGCCCACCGCAGAAGCUCUGGCCUUUGGCACACUCUGCCUGGAGGGCCAUCGUGUCAGAAUCUCUGGGGAAGACGUUGAAAGAGGAACAUUCUCUCAGAGGCAUGCUGUGGUUCACAACCAGCUUUGGAAACCCGGUGAUGAUUGUGCGGAUGCACGGAGAUGGACGCCACUCGACCAUCUCAGCCCAGACCAGGCGAGAUUUCACGCCUGUAACUCACCCUUGAGCGAGUUCGGGGUGCUAGGCUUUGAGUACGGAUACUCUCUUGGCUCACCUGACAGCCUGGUGAUGUGGGAAGCUCAAUUUGGCGACUUCGCGAACAAUGCCCAGGUAGUUAUCGAUCAGUUCAUCGCUGGAGGAGCCACCAAAUGGGGUCAGCACUCGGGGCUCGUCCUAUCCCUGCCGCAUGGCUAUGAUGGACAAGGACCGGAGCAUUCGUCGGCCCGCAUUGAAAGGUUUCUGCAGCUGUGCAACGAUGAUCCUCGUUCAUACCCAUCGACUGAGCAGGUGGAGCAGAACCUCGAGCGAGGCUGCAAUAUGCGAGUCGCUUAUCCCACCACGCCUGCAAACCUGUUUCAUCUUCUCAGGCAGCAGAUCCAUGGACACUCCAGGAAACCGGCGGUCCGCAGCAUCAUUCUCUGCUCUGGUCAAAUCUACGCUGCUCUUCAGAAGUAUCGCAUGCAGAGUCAGGUCGAUGAUGAUGUGGCCUUGGUCCGAUUAGAGAAGCUUCAUCCUUUCCCUUGGUCAGCAGUGACGACGAUGCUGGACACGUACCAUGGUGCAGACGAUGUAAUCUGGUGUCAGGAGGAGCCCAUGAACGGUGGAGCGUGGUCAUACGUGCAGCCCAGGCUUCAAGCAGCUCUGGCGCACUCAAAGCAUCACCGGCAGCUCGCGUCGCCGACAUUCUCUACUGGGCCAUCACGGAAACCUGGAUCGACGUUCGGCGGAGCAUACCUUUGUGGGCUGUACAGGGACGGCGGUUUGAACACCAACAUCAGCUUCUCUGGAACACAGGUAUCGACCCGGUAUGCUCACAAAUACAACAUCCUCGACGCAGGCCGACCAAAUACGGCAAUACAGCGCAUUACAAACCGCUGCCUACUGUUCGAUGACCUUGAAUACAGCACCGCCACCCUACAAGAGGAACAGGAGCGUGAAUUGUUGCCGGAGAUUGUGCAAGAACGAGAGGCGUAA